AUGGGUCUAGUAUCGAUAUGGGCAACAGAAGAAACAGGCGGAGAAAAGCCUAGUGGUGGUGAUUCAAGAACUUCAAAGACGGGAGGCCAUAAUUUAGAAAGCAGGUGGAGUAAGCCAAUAACGCUGAAAUCGAGAAUUGAAAGUCGGUGGGCAAGCAGUGAUAAUGAAACAAAGGAGGAAGUGAAUGUGCUGCCGCAAAAGGAUAGAAGAAGCACAAAUUCUCAUAACGAUGUUCAUGCUAAGCCACAUUUCAAUAAGAGAGAUGGACAUAAAGGACACGAGAAGGGCGGGCAUCAUCGAAAUAAGGACUUCAGUAAACAACAUCAGAAAGGACGGAGCACGGACAGUGGCGUACCAUCGAAGCACAGGGAACAGAAUACGCCAGGUGAUGAUUAUGUUGAAGAUUCCGAUGACAAGACAGUCGUUUCAGAAAAGCUAUAUUCGAAAGGACCCAUGACAGAUGCAGCACGAUCUUUGGCUGCCAGAAUUACUGUUGCACUGAAGAGCAAAGAAGCAGAAGCAGAAGCAGACGAUGCUACAGCUUGGGAAGAGGUCAGUGAAGAUGAAGAGGAGGAUGUGAGUGUGAGAGACAGGAAAGCUCCACAGGGUAAGACAUUGGCUGAACGAUUAGACAGCUUUAAAGUCAGCGACACGAAACAAAAGACGCCAAGAGGAAACACAUUGAAACAACAGGAGCGCAGGGGGUUUAAGAAAGAUGUGAGCAGACCGACUCAGGAUAAUGCCCCGCGAGGAAGUAAGAGCAAAGUAUCCACCACCAAGACUCGUCCACAAGACGACCAGGCAGCCAAAGAGAAAGAAGAAAAAGAAAAACAGGACUUGCUUAAGAUGAUUGAAGAAUUUGAAAGCCAGAAGCUAGACUGGGCUAGUUUUGAAGAGUAG